CGCAGCGAGGGCGGGGGGGUCACCAUGAGCCUGAUGCUGGAGACGCUGCUGGGCCCCCCGGGGGGGCUCCGCAAGGAGCCGGGCCGCGUUCCCCGGGGCUCCGCCGCCUCCAGCGGCUUCUACUCGUGGCCGGCGCCGGUGGCAGGGCGGGCGCGGGGCGCGGGGGGCGGCGGCGGCAGCGCGGCCGCGUCCUCCACCGAGAGCCUGGACUCGCUGAACGGCGAACCGCGGGCGCGCAACGAGAAGGAGCUGCUGCAGGUGCUGAACGACCGCUUCGCCGGCUACAUCGAGCGGGUGCGGGCGCUGGAGCAGCAGAACCGGGCGCUGGCGGCCGAGGCGGCGGCGCUGCGGCAGCAGCAGGCGGGGCGCUCGGCCAUGGGCGAGCUGUACGCGCGGGAGCUGCGGGACAUGCGGGGCACCGUCCUGCGCCUGGGAGCCGAGAAGGGGCAGCUGCGGCUGGAGCGGGCCCGCCUGGCCGAGGACGUGGCGGCGCUGAGGGGGCGGCUGGAGGACGAGGCGCGGCAGCGCGGGGAGCUGGAGGCGGCGGCGCGGGGGCUGGCGCAGCGCUCGGCGCAGGAGGAGCGGGCGCGGGCGCCGCUGGAGGAGCGGGCGCGGGCGCUGCGGGAGGAGGCGGAGAUGCUGCGGAGGCAGCACCGCGCCGAGGUGGGAGCGCUGCUGCGGGGGGCGCGGCCGGAGCCCUCCGCCGAGCCCCCCUCGGCGCUGCGGCCCGGGGUCACCGCCGCGCUCCGGGACCUGCGCGCACAGCUGGAGGGCACGGCCGCCCGCAGCACCCUGCAGGCGGAGGAGUGGUUCCGCGUGAGGCUGGACAAGCUGUCAGAGGUGGCCAAGGUGAACACGGACGCCAUGAGAGUGGCCCAGGAGGAGAUCACCGAGUACCGCCGGCAGCUCCAGGCCAAGACCACCGAGCUGGAGGCUCUCAAAGGGACCCAGGAGUCACUGGAGAGGCAGAGGCAGGACUCUGAGGAGCGGCAUCACGCAGAUGUCCUGUCCUACCAGGAAACCAUCCAGCAGCUGGACAGCGAGCUGAGGAACACCAAGUGGGAGAUGGCAGCUCAGCUCCGGGAAUACCAGGAUCUGCUCAACGUCAAAAUGGCCCUGGACAUCGAAAUUGCUGCCUACAGAAAGCUCUUGGAAGGGGAGGAAUAUCGGCUCGAGACCGGCAUUGGGAUGCUCUCCUACCCCGAGGUGGUCCCCAAGGCUCCCAGCAUCACCACCAACAUCAAGGUGAAGAGCGAGGAGAAGAUCAAGCUGGUGGAAAAGUCGGAGAAGGAGACGGUGAUAGUGGAGGAGCAGACGGAGGAGAUCCAGGUGACCGAGGAGGUCACGGAGGAGGAGGAGGCUGAGAAAGAGGCGGAAGAGGAGAAAGCUGAAGAGGAGGAAGAAGAAGAGGAGGAGAAAGCUGAAGAGGGUGAAGAAGAGGCCAAGUCUCCUGCAAAAGAGGAGGCCAAGUCUCCAGAGAAACCUGAGUACCCCUCAAAGGAGGAGGCCAAGUCCCCUGAAAAGCCCCCAACCCCCUCCAAGGAGGGGGCCAAGACUCCAGUUGUGAAGUCCCCAGAAAAACCUGCAACCCCCUCCAAGGAGGAGGCCAAGACCCCCACGGUGAAGUCCCCUGAGAAACCUGCACCCCCCUCAAAAGAGGGGGCCAAGACCCCCACCGUGAAGUCCCCUGAGAAACCUGCACCCCCCUCAAAGGACGAGGCCAAGACCCCCGAGAAACCCUCAGCCCCACCUAAGGAAGAGGCCAAGAGCCCGGCUGUGAAGUCCCCAGAGACACCUGCAGCUCCCUCAAAGGACGAAGCCAAACCCCCCUCUGUCAAAUCCCCUGAAAAAGCCCCAACCCCCUCCAAGGAGGAGGCCAAGACCCCAACUGUGAAGUCCCCAGAGAAGCCCCCAACCCCCUCCAAGGAGGAGGCCAAGACCCCAACUGUGAAGUCCCCAGAGAAGCCCCCAACCCCCUCCAAGGAGGAGGCCAAGAGCCCAGCUGUGAAGUCCCCUGAGAAGGUCAAAUCUCCUGGGAAGGAGGAGGCCAGGUCUCCACAGAAGGAGGUGGCCCCAGCCAAGGAGCCAAGCCCUGCUCCGAAGGAGCCGAAAGCCCCCGCGAAGGAGGAGCAGCCCAAGGAGGUGAAGGCUCCCUCCAAGGAGGAGGGAAAGAAGGAGGAACCUCCCAAGAAAGAUGUCCCAGCCAAGGCAGAGGAGAAACCCAAAGAGAAGGUGCCAGAGCCUCCAGCCCCACAGGUGAAGGAGACCCCCAAGCCAGGCCCCAAACCUGCUGAAGAAGGAAAAGUCGAGAAGGAGACUCCACCAAAACCUCAGCAGGAGGUCGGCAAAGCGGCCGCCAAGGAGGCUGAGAAGCCAAAGGCUGAGGAGAAGGUGGAGGAACCAAAGAAAAAAGUGGAGGAACCCAAGAAGGAGAAGGUGGAGGAGCCCAAAAAAGAGAAGGUGGAGGAGCCCAAGAAGGAGAAAGUGGAAGAACCCAAGAAGGAGAAAGUGGAGGAACCCAAGAAGGAGAAGGCAGAGGAGCCCAAGAAAGUGGAGGAGCCCAAGAAAAAGGUUGAGGAGCCCAAGAAGGAGAAGGUGGAGGAGCCCAAGAAGGCAGAGGAGCCCAGGAAGGAGAAGGCAGAGGAACCCAAGAAAGAGGAACCCAAAGCCCAAGCAAAACCCAAAGAUGAGCCCAAAGCCAGCAAGGACCCCCCCAAGGCCGAGGCCCCCUCCAGCAAGGAGGGCACGGCCCUGGAGCCGGCCCCCACUGCAGGGAAGAAGUGAGUGCAGAGUCCUGGGUGCCAACAGGCACUGCGGGCACGGGGGCUGCCCUGUCCCCCCCGAGGGCCGGGCCCGGGGUGGGACCCCCAGGCUGGGCUUCCCCUUAGCAAUAGGCCCUGUGAGAGCCGCAGGGUGGGCGACGCUUCCCUCGCAGAACGUGAUCCCCACAUUUAACACUUGAAUUAUAACCCAGGAGAAGAGGGGAGACCCCCAGGGGGACCCCUCCACCCUUCUCCCCUAAGUGCAUUUAUUCAAUGUAUGUGCAAUGGAUGGACGAGUGCAAUGCAGAGCUGUAGCUGCUUGGGGGGGGCUGGCGGGGUCCUGCCCUGCCCGGGGUGGGGGGACUGUCCCCUGGAGCAGCGGUGGGAGAGGCUGGGAGCUGCAGGAAUUGCUCACAGACACGGGCUGGGAGCUGCAGGAAUCGCUCACAGACACACACGGGUGCACCAGGAACCUCAGCCCACUGAUCUUUGCUUACUGUGCAAUAACCAAAUAAAAGUGCUUACGGAGA